AUCGUCUGAACACUCAACGCUACUCCACCAGAAGUAGGGGACACGCGGCCAGACUCUUGCAUCCUACAUUGGGUCUAUCCACCGAUCCGUCCGAAAACAGAAUGGCUGAUACAUCGCUCUCCGGUUUGGCAUAUUAUCUGGCAUCAAAGGUACUCGAGGAAGAUGCCGAUCUUUAUAUCUUGGGAUCCUUUGGAAGUCGAUAUGAAUCCUCCAUUGUGAGCUCCCUGAAAGAAAGGUUCAGUGAACGUAUCGAGACGUCGGGUAGUGCUCCCAAUGGCGAUAGGAAUUCCGCAGCCCCAUUUGCGAAAAUAUCGCCUUGGUCGGGUGUGGAUGAUGAGUUAAAACUGAAAAAUGCACUGGAAGCAAUCGUUUCCCUUCACGUUGCUCCUCCUUCUCCCCCCACUGAUAGCACGAGUACUGUCGGAAUUACCACAGCAAGCACUUCGCCACCGAUCAACUACGCCAGCCCUCCGUCUCAAUCAACUCCACUACCACCUCCGCCAGGGUCACGUUCGAUCGAUCAAAUACUGUCCCAGGCCCGAUCUCGCUUCAAACGCCUGACACCCACCGAAGCAAUGACAUCCCUCAUCCGAAGCCCAGAAUCCACCUACCUUGUUGAUAUCCGUCCCGAAAAGCAACGUGAAGGGGAGGGAUCCAUAUCUGGAGCGAUCGUCAUCGAGAGGAAUGUCCUCGAAUGGAGACUCGAUCCCCAAUCUUCAACACGGAUUCCUGAGGCGAACAACUAUGAUAUUGCCUGGAUUGUGUUUUGCUCUGAGGGGUAUGCAUCGAGUCUUGCCGUGGCAUCGUUGUUAGAUAUGGGGCUGCGCAAUGCGACUGAUGUCAUUGGUGGGUUCAAGGCUUGGGAGGCAGAGGGAAGACCUGUAGUACACCAAGUCUCGUAACAGUACUGUCGUCCUUCGAAGUGUGUAUGGGGUUUUGUAUUCUAGCUAGGAGCAGACGAAGAAAAAUUACCACAGAUUAAAGCGAAAGUGUU